UCUUAACAUACAAUCUAAUCAUGUAACAGAAUGCAUAUUCAUAGUGUAUGGUCACCCUUAAAUUAUUCAUGCCAGUGACGCACAAAUCAUUCUUCUGUGGUUGGGUUUCACUGCACAUAAUAUGGUGCCACAGUGAACCUUGUGUUGCAUAAAGAUGAACUGCUCACAAUUUGUGCCCAAAUCCUGCCUUAUUACUCCGUGAUCUAAAAUCCCAACGCGUCGUCAACUUUGCAGUCCCAAAGUGCUCACAGUGCAGGUAGUACACAUUGACCUACUGCAGUUUGCGCACUUCAGGUAUUGCUGGUUACCUCCCACCGGCCUGUUCGUUGGCUCUUAGAAAAAGGUGGAACUCUGCUGGGGUUUUUUACAGCCAGUUUUGCUGGUUUGCUCUCAGCUUCUGCCAGUCUCUGCUGUGCAAAUCCAUGCAAAGCUCUCUGUUCCUCAGACUGUCACGGCGAUGUGGGGUUUUUGUUUUUUUGUUUCUCCAAGCUUUGAGGAGCACUUGAAAGGCAAAAAAAAAAAAAAAAAAGACUUUCAUCAUAGGCAAAAAGGGAGAACCUUGUUUUUUUUUGUAAACCUUGUACUAGUGAUGUUUGAAGCGUUGUAACACUUCUUUGACAUUGCUGUUUGUCUUGCUGUUUCCAGAUGGAUGACUCCGUAAUUUCAAUACUUGACACUGUCAACGAAAUUGCACAGUAUCCAUCUGCAAACCGCCAGAUGUUGUAAAACAGCUACACAUACAUAUCAGACUGUAAUUGUAUAGAAAUAAAGUAGGAGAUCCUGCUUAAUCUCUCUGGCUUCAUCUUUCUUCAGUCUGCAGAGAGGAUUAGAGGUGCUCUCCUCAGUCGUGUCCGUUGAUAUGCAGGUUGAACGCUAGAUGGCACCAUCUCAGCUUUAAUGGAGCCGAGUGAGAGCGAGAUGGGCACUCAAGAUCAAAUUGAUAUGGAGAAGUAAUCAGUGUAAAAUAAAAUUGCGUAAGUUGAUGUAAGUGCGGAAGAUAAGAUGAGGUCGUUCGUGGCCACAUCUUAUCUUCCGCUUGUUUUGUACAGACAUCUGAAUGUUCUUCAUAAUUUCUUUAUCCUCCUCCAUGUCGUUGAACAAUAAAAGGCAAUUUCAUACAAAUCUGUCGCCACGGUGUGAUAUCUUUAUGGUAAUAUACGUGCAGCUCCUGGCCGCUCUGUGCGCCUCUGCUGUAAACUGUAGCCUACAUGUACCGUACCCUAAUUGCGUCCUGUAACGCACAGUGCCAUUCAUCUAAAACGCCAGCAGCUCGACGUAUUACUCCCCUCCUUCUAUCUCCACUCCUGCACCCACACAGGGCCAACGUCUCCGCGCACAUCUCUUACUAUUACGCGCGAGAGAGGAGAUCUCCGUAUACGCGCAGCUAGGCUCACGUCGUGGCGCGCGCUUUUGAGGGGAACGCGCGCCGUUUAUCCGGGGCUCCUUCAUCUGUGCACGGAGCGGAGAGUCAGUGCCGCAAGUGAAGAGGGACUUAUAAGUUAUCAGCGCCGGUGUAGCUUUAGCAAGAGGUUCAGUCAGGCUGCCUUCCGCGGGGGGGCCAAACCGUUGAGGUGGGGGGAAAGAGAAAGGAAGGAUGCUGAUCCGAGCGAACCCGGGAGCUGCAGCCUCACUCCAUCGGCGCUAACGCGGGAUCCUCUUGUAACUUUUUAAUGCGCUGAAGUUUAUCUUUGCUGUCUGUUGCUCAAUUCUGUCCGGGUUAGAAGAUUGCUGCUCGCCUGCCAUGGUCGGUUCAUCAGUCCACGGUGCGCUCUUCCUGUGCGCCUUCCUCCAGCUGUUCUCUCUGCCCGGCGGACAGGUGCCAAACUGCCAGGAGGUGCGCACGGUGUUCCAGUCUCUUCACCCGGGAUCCAAGUGGGUCCCCGAAAACCCAGUGUCAGGUGCGGAUCUGCAGGUUUGCCAAACCAAAGGCCCGACCUGCUGUUCCAAGAAGAUGGAGGAGCGGUAUCAGGUGGCUGCACGCAGCAACAUGGAGUCCGGCCUGCAGGUUGUCAGCGCGCAGCUCAAACGCCUCAUCAUCCAGAACGCCGCCAUAUUCCAAGAGGCCUUCGACCUGGUGCUCCGUCACGGCCGCAACGCCACCCUGACCAUGCUGAAGUCGGAGUUCCCGGGUCUCGGAGCCGGGGCCCAGAGCUCCGUGGGGCAGCUCUUCCUGGACAUGUCGCUCUACAUCCUUGGCUCCGACUCCACGGUGGACCACAUGGUGGCGGUGCUCUACGACCGCCUCUUCCCCCUCGCGUACCGCCGCCUGCUGGGGGGAAGCGCGUCCUCCGUUUCCGAAGAAUGCGUGAAAGGAGCCUGGAAGGACUCGGGAGCCUUUGGCCCUUACCCCAAACUGAUGAUGACGCGUCUGUCCCGCUCGCUCCUGGCUACGAGGGUCUUCCUGCAGGCGCUGAACCUGGGCAUCGAGGUCGUGAACACCACGGACCAUCUGCGGCCCAGUCGAGACUGCAGCCGAGCCCUGCUCAGGCUGUGGUACUGCCCGCACUGCCAGGGCAUGCUGGACCCGCCGGCCUGCAGAGGCUUCUGUCAGGCGGUGAUGCACGGCUGCCUGGGAGGAGCGGCUGAGGUGCAGCCUCACUGGAGGACCUACAUAGAUGGACUGGCCAAGCUGGCCGGAGGCAUGAGGGGAGAGCAGGACAUGGAGGCUGUUGCUCUUAGACUGCCUUCGAUGAUUAAACUGGCUCUCAAGCACGCUGUGAACUCCCGCAGUCGACUCAACACUCUGCUGAGUGGGAUGUGUGGACACACUCCUCAGCGGGCGUCUCGCUCGGUCGGAGCUCCUCCUCCCCAGACUCCAGCUGCCUCUGCAGCCCGCAGUGCUCAGCCCUCAUCCCCGGACUCUGAUGAGACCUUGGCAGGCCUCCGCAGGGAGUUCAUAACCAGCCUGAAAAGAUUCAGCUCCUUCUACAGUGGUCUCGGGGAGGCGUUGUGCAGCCGUGAGCCCGCUCCGGCGAACCACUCCCUCUGCUGGAACGGGCAGGAGAUGACAGACAGGUUUCCCGGGCCUGGCCUGAAACGACUGCACUCCGGCUCAGAGUCCAGGAGCAACAAGCCUCCUGAGCCAGUCAUCAGCCAGAUCAUAGACAAACUGAAACAUAUCAACCAGUUGCUGCGGACUGUGACGGUGUCUGAAAAGCGCUGGAGAGCCCGGUCACGUGGAGGAGGCGUGGUGGACGGGUGGAGCGAGGAGGGGGAGGAGGGAUUCGAGAGCGGCGACUGCGACGACGAGGACGAGUGCACCGGGGUGUCGGGGCUGGGGCCUCCACCGAGACGCAAGCGGUUACGCAUCUUUGCAGACCUUUCCGACAACCUGGCGAUGGAGGACUUCACCUUCCAGGAGCAGCUGCUGACCCCUCGGCUGGCCACGGGCGCGGUCGGCGGCGCCUCCUCACCUGCGGCUCCGCUGUGGAGGAGUCACCUUGUCCCGGCCCUCCCCGUGACGUUUGCUCUGCUCCUGCUUUGUCACCACUGACCUCUCUUUUCCUCUAGGGUUUCGGUUUGAACUGUGCGGACAGUGACAAACCUUCUGGAGGUGUCAUUUCCGAUAUAUAACGUCGAGCGGCUCAUCGGAGGAAAACGUGAACAACAGAAUGUCCUGCAUUUUUUUCUCGUUUUCAUUGUCAAAAAGAACCCCGAUGGGUGAAUUUAAAAUCCGGACAUUCCUAACAAAGCUAUUAAAGCACACUAGAUAAACCUGUGGUGUUAUGUACAUAAGAAACUUUCUCCCCGUUGCCUCACCUCCUCUUCAAACUGACAUCGUCUGUACAGUAACAAAAUGAUGGAAGACAGCUUCGGACCUGUAAACGAGGACCUAGCCUUCUUAAAAUGCUCCCACUCUCAGUCUUGAGAUAUUGCCCUGCAGGAACAAGCUGGAAGAAAAGUCAGCCGCUGCCAUUUCCCUUCAGCGAAUGAUCUCCUGCCAGGGCCAGCCUUCAGCUGGGGGAGUUAUAGUGAGCUCCUUCUCCCUGAAGGCUGAGGUGAAUCACGUAUAUUUAAAGAUGCACUCUUCCUUAAAACGCUCUGCUACUAUUUAAAUCUUCCUCGCUGAUUGUUUAUGUGCUAGUGAUAGCUAAAUUAUUUCUGACUGUUGUCCCCCCACCCACACACUCACACACACACAAACUCCCGCCAUCACAUUUUGCUUUAUUUUGUAAUGCUGGUGCUUUUUUUUAUGAUUUUGUUUGAACUCUAGGGCUAUCAUCAGUCUCCAGAUGAGCCUGAUAACUGUAAAGAAGUGUGUUAAUCUGUGUUGGUGCCAUGUUUACAGAAGUGUUUAUUUGCAAUAUCAGCGUAUGGGUUUGUAGUCUGAAUUUACCGGCUGUGUGAGUGUGAAGCGUUGCAGCAAGUUGUUAGUUUAUUCCUUCAGCACCGCGCAUAAAGCGAGCAGUAAUACACAGUAUGAAUAUGUAUAAAAACCUACGUGUGCAUUUUUUGGUUUGGCUCAUGCAUUUUUUAGGAGCGUUGCCUCGGUAGUUAAUCACUUGUUUUUUCUGUGCGUUCGGUUGAAAACCAGAAGUCACAUUUGUUUUGUUUUUUUUUUGCUUCUUUUUUUUUUUUUCAUUGUUUGAUUUUGUUUGGCUUUUCAAAAUGAGGCGCAGCUCCGUCGCUGUUUGUGCUGGAAGACGUGUGAUGGAUGUGUGGACAGACACUAAUCAGAUGCUGGGAGUGCCGCUGCCAUCCAGCCGGCUCCGCGGCUGCUGCACGCGUGGACGCUGCUCGCAGCACAGACUGUUUGACUCCGUCGUAUCAGGAGGAGGAGCACAGGUGUGACCAAUAACAGUGAAAGGAUGGCGCUGUUGCACAUGCAGCCCGUGAGCCUCCCAAGUCCUGACGCUGGGGCGCCCACACAAGACGCAGGCCCCAUUUCAUUUAGUCGGUUACACCCGUGUUUGCCACGAUAAAGCUCUGUUACUAUCAGCCAGAAGGAUCCAAGGCUGAUAAAACUGAAUGCGCAGAGGUUGUGUUUUUACAUUUGAAUGCUGAUUUGGGAAAGUUUGAUGUAAAAUAAACAUGUUUUACUGUU